UUUUCUCAAAACACAUUAUAGUAAACAAAGCUAAGACAUUGGACAUAGUUUCUUCAAUUCAAUGGCUCAACCCCAACGAGGUGACUACUACGACAACUACCAGCAACACCCCAUAACAUACAACCAAUCACAAACCAGAAAGAUACGAUCUCCUUCUGCUUCACACCUUAUUGUACUCGCCACUAUUGUUCCUUUCGGAGCUACUCUUCUCAUUCUCGCCGGUCUCAUCCUCUCUGCCACCGUAAUCGGCCUCGCCGUCACCACUCCUCUGUUCGUUAUUUUCAGUCCGGUCUUAUUCUCCGCGGCAAUCGUCUUUGGUUUGGCCAUCGCCGGAUUUUUGACAUCCGGUGCCUUUGGUGUCACCUCGCUCUCUUCCUUCGCUUGGCUCGCUUCCUAUCUCCGCCGCUCACGGUUUCUGGAGCGCAUUAAAGUUAAACAUUAUGCAAAGCCACGUUUGGAAGAAACAGUGGGCCUCAAUGAGGCCCAUAUAACUGAGGAAGAGGAAGACCGCGACCGUUUAGUAGGAAGGGCCCAACAAACAGCUACGAAGGCCCAAAGUGAUAAAGGUCAAGUAGAAAAGCCCAAGAACGAAAACAUAACAUUAACAACGUCAUGAGUUUGGUUCGUUGAGUGAAUAAGUUAUUAUGAGUCAUGGUGUGGGGAAUCACUCUUUUCUCUGUUUCCUGUGUACUUUUUUUUCUUUCUUUUAUGAAGACUGUUUUCUUCGUUGAGUAGUGAGUAUUUUUUUCAAAAAAACAAAAAAUUUAUGAUUAUUAGCGUUUAUAUAUGUACAUUGUAAAAGUAGUUUGUAUUCUGCAUCUAUGAAUAAAUUCCCAAGCCAUGUGCUUGGAUAUCCCAAUUCGACUUCAAA